AUGCGUGAAGCCGGCAUUGACAAAGUCCUCUACUACCGCACCAAAGCAUUCGACAGCUACUGCAAAGGAUAUCCUAAGACGUCAGAAAUCUCUCUUGUGGAUGCAAUCAAGAAGUGGGAGACCCAAUAUAGACCUCAUAUCGAACAACUGGAAACGCGGGUUCUCAGACUCGGCAAAGGUGACUUGACGCGCCUAUCCGAUCUUGACAACCCCCAGGUCGCAGAGAGGCUGAAAGGUUUGCAGAAUUUCACUCCUGAUGUAAUAUGCGGACCCUACGACAUCCAAUUAGCAUUAGAAUCUGGGGGAGAUAAGUCCGCAUUUACUUUUCUCCUGCCUAAAGAUGGCAGCUCUUUGUUCGUCUGUUCCAUCGUCCCCGUGCGCGAGGGAGACGUUCUAGGCAUAUUUGCUGGUAAGAUUCGUUUUUCGGAAGACUGGAGUGCCACCCACGGUAUCCGCGGUCUUAUCGACAAUCUGUGGCUAGACUACUCACAAGUCACUGGUACGCUGAACCAAAUACUGGUCUCAGAACCUGGUGGUCCCGCAAACGUCCGCCUACAGUGGGAAGUAAUCCAUGAUGAUAUUGGGACCGAUAACUGCACCUCAUGGAGAGUCUCUGUGAAAGCUACUAAGCCAAUAAUGCCGUUCAACCCUCUCAUUCGUGUGGCUACUCAGCAAGAGCAAUAUGUGCUGCAUUCAUCCUCUGAGACCGCAAAGGGGGGCUUUCUCAAACUUUGCGAAGCGGACUGA